AUGUCAAGUAAGAGGUCUCAUAAGCUUGUUUUAUUUUGUGCAAUAUGUUGUCUUCUUCUUCGGGAGAAAUGCACCGAUGCUAGGGUGUGCAAAGAGAGUGAGAGAAAAGCGCUUUUUGAAUUUAAGCACAGCCUUCAAGCUAUGGAUUUGCCAGGCAACGACGCCCUUUCUUCGUGGAAAAGUGCGAAGUGCUGUCUUUGGCUUGGCGUCAAAUGUAACAGCCUUACAGGAUACGUUGAAAUGCUCGAUUUUAGCUUCCAAUAUUGGGUUGUAGCAGGUACAAUUAGCCCUUCACUGCUUAAACUACAUCAUUUGACUUCUUUAAAUUUCAACAGUAAUGAUUUUAAUGGAAGUCUCAUCCCAGAGUUUUUUGGUUCCUUGAAAAAAUUGAAAUUACUGGAUCUCUCUAAUGCUAAUUUUAGAGGUCCAAUUCCUUCUCUACUUGGAAAUCUUUCAAUGUUGGAGACUCUUAGAUUGGGUGGUAACGGUGGAGACGUUACCUUUCGCCAUAACUUAAAAGAAAUGUAUAGUGUUGGAAAACUUGAGUGGCUUUCCCACCUUUCUCGUUUGAAAGAGGUUGAUCUCAGUUUCACUAACCUGAGCAAUGCCAAUGAUUGGUCUCAAAUCAUUAACCAUCUUCCUUUGCUUCAAAAACUAAGUCUGAGAGAUUGUGAUCUUCCAAGCAUCUCAUCUUCUUCUGUUUCCCUUACCAACUCUUUUACAUCUCUCAUCACUCUCGAUCUCUCUGAUAAUAAUCUCCAUUCUUUUUCCAUAUAUCCAUGGCUGUUUAAUUUGAAAGGUCCAAUUCCAGAAGAUUUCGGGAACAUGAAGGCUAUUCAACACCUUGAUCUGAGUCAUAAUCUUUUAAAUGGAUCCAUAAGCAAAUGCAUUGGACAACUGUCCAACCUGAAAGUCUUGCUGCUUGUAGGGAAUUCUUUUGAUGGUGAUGUGCCUUCCGAAGCUCAUUUCUCAAAUCUCAUCUAUUUAAAGGAAUAUCAGAUUCUCUUGCGUAUUGGUUUUGGGACUCAAGUUACAGCUCAAUACUGUUUCGAGAGUUUCCAAUCUUUAACAGCUUUGAAUUUGGGUGAUAAUAGUUUCUCAGGCUCACUUCCAAGCUCCUUAGGAUCUUUGACUUCUCUCAAAAUGCUCAGUUUACGAGGUAAUAAAUUCUUAGGAGAAUUACCUUCAUCUUUACAGAAUUGUACAAGGUUAAAAUUUUUGGACUUGAGUGAUAAUGAAUUAUCAGGAGAAAUACCUAUUUGGAUCGGCCAAAGGCUUUCAUCGUUGGUUUUUCUUAGCCUUCAAGGGAACCAGUUCAGGGGAAGGAUUCCCCAUCAACUUUGUGGAUUGAAAUAUCUACAAAUCUUGGAUCUCUCUGUAAAUAAAAUCUCUGGUACCAUACCAUCAUGCCUCAUUAAUAAUUUCACUUCCAUGGCAAAAAAAGAGAGUUUAGAUCGAAGGAUUGAACAUCACAUCUUAUAUAAUGGACUUGUAUGGUUCUUUCAAGUUAGGUAUGUUGAUGAGGCAUUGCUUACAUGGAAGGGAACAAAACAAAGCUAUCCACAGCUUGGACUGCUACUAGCCAUUGAUCUCUCUUCUAACAAAUUAACAGGAGAGAUUCCAGAAGAAUUAAAUAGUCUUCAAGAACUAGUUGCAUUGAACUUGUCAAGAAACAUUUUUACCGGAAAAGUUCUUCAAAAGAUGGGCAUCUAA